CCGCUGAACCUCUUCGGCCUCCCCGCGCGCUACGCCGCCGCGCUCUACACCGCGGGCAGCAAGGCGGGUAACCUCGCGACGGUCCAGGCGGAGUUCAAGACGGUGAUCGACGCGGCGAACGCGGACAAGAAGUUCAAGGUUUUCCUGGAGGAUCCCACCAUGCCCAAGGCUAAGAAGGUCAAGGCGCUGAGCGACUUCUGCGACGGCGCCAAGUUUGCGCCAAUCACCAAGUCGUUCCUCGUCGUCGUCGCCGAGAACGGCCGGCUGGACCAGAACCAGAAGAUCUACGACGCGCUCGAGGAGUACACGCUCGCGGCGGCCGGCCAGAAGAAGGCGACGGUGACCAGCGCGCAGCCGCUCACCCCGGAGCAGCUCAAGGAUCUGACGGCGAAGCUCCGGGGGCACGUCGACGCGGGCGAGGAUCUGAAGAUUGAGACGAAGGUGGAUCCGAAGCUCGUCGGCGGGUUCACCGUGGCGAUGGGCGAGGAUUUCUUCGACCUGUCGCUCAUGUCCCGCAUCAGGGCGAUGGAGCAGGAGCUCGCCAAGCCCGUGUGA